AUGGGCGUUAUAGAGAUUGAAAGUGAAGAACAGUUUACAGAGAUUACUCAGUCAUCCGACUCAAAGCUUCUUGCUUUGUACUUCCACACCCCCUGGGCUGGUCCUUGUAAGACCAUGAACCAAGUAUUCAAAACCUUGGCUGACUCCAAAGCAGACGAUAGCUCAAUAGUAUUUCUUUCAAUAAAUGCAGAUGACUUGUCUGAAAUCAGCGAGUUGUUUGAUGUUAGUGCUGUUCCAUAUUUCAUCUUGAUUAGAAAGCAAACAAUCUUGAAAGAAUUAUCCGGCGCAGACCCAAAGGAAUUUAUCGCAGCAUUAAACCAAUUUUCUGGAUCGAAUGAUUCCAACUCUGCAGCAUCAGCCACCUCAGUCGCAACCAAUACAAACAACACAGCUUCAGGUUCAGCAGCAGAUCCAGCACAAGCAGAACCCGUGGAGGAAUCCGAGGAGGCGCUUAACGAAAGGUUAUCAAAACUCACAUCGGCAGCUCCUAUAAUGUUGUUUAUGAAAGGAUCGCCAUCGAGUCCACAAUGUGGAUUUUCGCGACAGUUGGUGGCAAUAUUGAGAGAACACCAAGUGAGAUUUGGGUUCUUUGAUAUUUUAAAGGACGAUUCAGUUAGGCAAGGAUUGAAGAAAUUUAGUGACUGGCCAACGUUUCCUCAACUAUACAUCAAUGGAGAAUUCCAAGGUGGGUUGGACAUCAUUAAAGAGAAUAUAGAAGAGGAUGAACAAUUUUUCGAGCAUGCUUUAAAUUCAAAUGAAUGA